AAACAUUCUUUCCUGCCACAUUAUUCUGCGUAAAAAAUUAGAUUAAUUAAAUUUCGAUGGAUUUUGUGCAAAUAUCUGUGUGAUCAAGCAUUAAAUUGUCAAAAUAAUAAGGAAUAACAAUGAAUAGAACAGUACAACUAGAAGAGCAAAGGAAGUCACUUCCAUCUUAUAACUACAGACAACACAUAAUCAACUGUAUCCAUCAGAAUUCAACUCUAAUUUUAAUAGGAGAAACAGGUUCUGGAAAAUCAACGCAAAUUCCACAAUAUAUUUACGAAAGUGGAAUUUUGCAUCGAGGGAUGGUAGCAAUAACUCAACCAAGACGAGUUGCUGCUAUAACUUUAGCACUAAGAGUUGCAAAGGAAAGAGGUCGAAAUAUUGGCGAAUUAGUUGGGUAUGCCAUUCGAUUCGAAAGUGUAGUCUCAAGAGAUACAAAAAUUAAGUAUAUGACAGAAGGUAUUUUACUGCGUGAAGCAAUCACAGACAAAUACCUCAAACAAUAUCAAGUAAUAAUCCUCGACGAAGCACACGAACGUACAGUCAAUACAGACGUACUGUUUGGUGUUGUAAAAAAUGUUCAAAAAGCUAGGAAGGAAAACAAUAUGACCGAGCUUAAACUUAUAAUUAUGUCUGCAACAAUGGAUGUUGAUCAUUUCUCAAAAUAUUUUGAUAAUUGUCCAGUUCUUUACUUGCCUGGACGAACCUUUCCCGUAACAAUUCAUCACACGAAACAGAAACAGGAUGAUUAUAUGUUUGCAGCUAUUGCGACACUCUUUGAAAUUCAUCUAAAUGCACCACCACAAGAGGAUGUUCUUAUAUUCCUAACUGGCAAGGACGAAAUUGAAUCAAUGAUUCAUCAAAUUAGAACAAUUACAAAAUCACCGGAAUUGCAAGGAACAGUUCAACUUCGUGCCUUUCCACUUCACUCAUCAUUACAACAAAACAAGCAAAUGGAUGCAUUUACAAGAUCCGCAGAGAAUACAAGGCGAGUAGUCGUAGCCACUAAUAUAGCAGAGACAUCAAUCACGUUGCCAGGCAUUAAAUACGUUAUAGACACUGGAGUAGUAAAAAUGAAGAAUUAUGAAGCAUCAACGGGUCUUGAAACACUUAAAGUGACAAAAAUUUCACAAGCUCAAGCAUGGCAAAGAAGUGGCCGUGCUGGAAGAGAAUCAGAAGGUGCUUGUUAUCGAACAUACACGAAAAAUGAAUUGGAAUUGCUGGAAAAAAUGACGAAACCUGAAAUUCUUCGUUGUAACUUGUCAGCAACGAUUUUGCAGCUAUUAGCCAUUGGUGUGAAUAUUGAGAACUUUGACUUAAUGGAUAAGCCUUCAAAAGAGGCAAUUACAGUCGCAUUUAAGCAACUAAAGCAAUUAUCAGCAAUUAAAACAACGCAAAGUCCUCAAUUGACAGAUGAUGGACGGAGUAUGGCUUUAUUUCCAUUAGAUCCAAUUUUCAGUAGAAUCAUCAUAUCUGCGCCUGAAUACGGCUGUAUUAAUGAAAUUUUAGACCUAAUAGCUAUGCUGUCAACUGAUAAUAUCUACCUCGAGCCUAAUCAAAAUAAUAGGGAUGUAGCUUAUGCACAGCAUAAUAAAUUUCAUAUGUCUUAUGGCGAUCAUUUUACGUUACUAAAGAUAUACUCACAAUACAGGAAUGCGAAUGAUAAAAAGAAGUGGUGUCAAGAAUUUUUCCUAAGUUAUAGGAACUUGGCAUAUGCUGCUGAAGUGCGGAAGCAACUAUCUGAUAUAUGCACACAACUAAAAAUAAUGACGAAAACUGAAAAUUUUGAUUUAGAUAAAUUCCGAAAAUGCAUCAUACGAGGACUUUACAGCAACAUUGCUGAAUAUCAAGCGAGAGAUAACAACUACAAAGUGCUUGCGAGUCAACAACGAGCUCAGAUACAUCCUUCGAGUGUACUUUCUGGAUUCCAUGCGAACCUUAAUGGACGAAGUACUUCAAAUGGCAAUGGAAUAAUUCCAGUAAGUCCAAAAAUGAAGAAUGAUCACAAUCAGUCUAAGCCAAGCUAUGUAAUAUUCAAUGAAAUUGUCCAGACAUCCAAUACUUAUUUGAGGACAGUCACACGAAUUGAACCGGAAUGGAUUAAGGAAGUUCUACCAAAUUGUGACUUUCUUAAUCGAAUUAAUUGUUAAACAAUGUAUAGAUAAUUUUUUAAUGAUAAUUAUGAUCACAACCACUUCUUUUUGUAACCGAAAUAAAUCUUUAAGUCUAGGCCAAUGACUGCCAAACUGUAUAAAAUGCAUGAAAAUAAAGUUUCAGUAUACAAAA